AUGGAAGGUUAUAUUCGGGCAUAUACGGCAGGAACAGGCAAGAAAUGGAAGGACCUGUUACCUAUCUGUGAAUACGCCUACAACAAUGCGAAGCAUACGUCGACGGGGCAAUCGCCGUUCUACUGCAAUUAUGGCUUCCACCCUCGAACGGAUUGGCCUACGGAUGCAGAGAUCGAACGAUUAGACGCCAACGGGAACAACUACUUGGAUGAGAUCAUCACGGCUCAUGAGUUAGCGAGAGACACGCUACAGAAGACCUUCGACAGGAUGGCGUCAAAGCCAGGACCGGCAGUACAGCGGUUCACUAUCGGUCAGAAAGUCUUGCUGGACACUCGGAACCUAGGAGGAUACUCCAAGUGGUCAGACAAGUUCACAGGGCCCUUUACAGUUUCAGCAGUGGUGGGCUAUCGGGCUUACCGUCUCGAACUUCCGGUAGAAUGGAAGGUUCACGACGUCUUUCACGAGAUGCUGCUGCGACCCUAUCGCGAGGACCCGGAUCCCACCAGAAAACAAAAUACACGAAAGCGACUGGCAACACCCGAGCCACAGGAGGCAUUGGCAGACGAGAAUUUCCAGCCAACCUCGAACACACGACCUCAUACGCGAAGUCGAGGCCCAGCGAUCGAUAAUGACCGGGCUCAUAAGCGACAACGGAACAGGCGGGACUAA